AUGGGCCCGGGUGUCACUGGACCCACCAUGUCGGAGGUGGACAAGUCCCAGCCAGUGGCCCUGGGGGCCUCGCGGGUCGAGCUCCGGGUCUCAUGCUGGAACCUCCUGGACCGGGACACCCUGACCAACCCGAACCCCUGCGUGGUGCUGAAGCAGCAAAGCGAGGGGCAGUGGAGCGAGGUGGGGCGCUCCGAGAUCAUGUGCUGCAGCCUGAACCCCGUCUUCUCCCACGUCUUCCCGCUGGACUACUUCUUCGAGGAGAUGCAGACGCUGGGCUUCGAAGUCUACGACGCCAACGGUGCUGAGGAUGCGGGGUUCCAGGAUGAUGCUUUCCUGGGGGAGGCCGAGUGCUCCCUGGGCCAGAUCGUAUCCCAGACCAAGGUCACCAAACCACUGCUACUCAAGACUGGGGAAACUGCGGGAAAAUCCACCAUCACGAUCGAAGCAGAAAAGGUCACUAGUACCAAUGACUUUGUGCAGCUUGAGUUCCGGGCUCAGAAGUUGGACAACAAGGAUCUCUUCAGCAAGUCUGACCCUUUCCUGGAAAUCUACAAGGUGAACAGUAACAACACGGAGCAGCUGGUGAUGAGGACGGAGGUGAUAAAUAACAACCUCAGCCCCAGCUGGGAACCCUUCCGCGUCUCCCUCCACUCGCUCUGCAGCUGCGACCCAGACAAGACCAUACGGUGUGUCGUUUACGACUAUAACUCCAGUGGGAAACACGAUUACAUUGGUGAAUUCACGACAACCUUCCGUGAAAUGCAGGAGGUUUCCUCAGGGAAAGAGAUGGAGUUUGAGUGCAUCAACCCGAAGUACCAGGAGAAGAAGAAACACUACACCAACUCUGGCACGGUGGUUCUGACCCAGUGCAAGGUGGAGAAGGUUCACACGUUCCUGGAUUACAUCAUGGGCGGCCUGCAGAUCUACUUCACGGUGGCGAUUGACUUCACAGCUUCCAACGGCGACCCGCGCAGCGAGCACUCCCUGCAUUUCAUCAACCCCAAGGAACCCAACGAAUACCUCAAAGCGCUGUCAGCCGUGGGCGAGAUCUGCCAGGACUACGACAGCGACAAGAAGUUUCCAGCCUUUGGAUUUGGGGCACGGAUCCCCCCAAACUACGAGGUCUCCCAUGAUUUCGCCAUCAACUUCGACCCAGACAACCCGGAGUGUGAAUGGAUCUCGGGGGUGAUCGAGGCCUACAAGCGGUGCCUGCCCCAGAUCCAGCUCUACGGCCCCACCAACCUGGCCCCCAUCAUCAACCGGGUGCUGGCCCCCGCCAGUGAGGAAGAGGGCAGCGGGCAUCCCAUGCGGUACCGGGUGCUGCUGGUGCUGACGGAUGGGGUGCUGAGCGACAUGCCGGCCACGCGGGAAGCCGUCGCCCGAGCCUCGCGCCUGCCCGUCUCCAUCAUCAUUGUGGGGGUGGGGAACACCGACUUCUCCGACAUGCGGGCACUGGACGAGGACGGGACCCAGGAGUCCGGGGGGGAGCAGGCCGCCCGCGACAUCGUCCAAUUCGUGCCCUUCCGCGAAUUCAAGAAGGCCCCGCCGGCAGCGCUGGCCAAGUGCGUGCUGGCCGAGGUCCCCAACCAGGUGGUGGAGUUUUACGGCAGCCGCGGCAUCGGCCCCGGCCCUGGCCCCCGAAACUCUCAGCCCCAGUGA